UACACCCCUACUAAGGCAAAUUUCGAGCACUCCUUCUUUAUCUGUAUAGCGGUUGAGAGUCAAAACAACCUACUGUUAAUAAAACAAAACGUUUCAACGAUCCAGAGUUGUUUUGUUUUGAGUUUAUGCAGGAUGGAGUAGCAUUGAGGAUAACUUGCUUAUCAAUAAAGUCUCUCGAAGACACCGCUUUGUAGCGUUUACUUCUGUGCUUGGUGUACCAGCGUCUCCACCGGCGUCAGGAUGAGUGCUAGGCAGUGUAAGAGCUGUGGUGGAGCGGAUAUAGAUCUCGACCAGGCGCGUGGAAGUGCUGUGUGCACCACCUGUGGAUCAGUGCUCGAGGACAACAUCAUCGUGUCUGAGGUGCAGUUCGUAGAGAACAGCGGAGGAGGAGCGUCUGCUAUCGGACAGUUUGUGUCCGCUGAUGGUCCUGUGAAGGCCCCAGUGCUUGGAACCGGCUUCCACACAAGUCUUGGGAAGGAGUCACGAGCUCAGACACUUCAGAAUGGGAAACGGCAAAUACACAGCCUGGGCAGCCAGCUGCAGCUGAACCAGCACUGCCUUGACACAGCCUUCAACUUCUUCAAGAUGGUGGUGAGCAAGCAUCUGACAAGAGGGCGCAAGAUGGCCCAUGUCAUAGCUGCCUGCCUCUAUCUGGUGUGCCGGACAGAGGGCACUCCUCACAUGCUCCUGGACCUGAGCGAUCUCUUACAGGUGAAUGUGUAUAUCCUGGGAAAGACCUUUCUGCUGUUGGCCAGAGAACUCUGCAUCAAUGCGCCUGCUGUCGAUCCAUGUCUGUAUAUUCCACGCUUUGCACACAUGUUGGAGUUUGGAGAGAAAACCCAUGAAGUGUCCAUGACUGCACUGAGACUGCUGCAGAGGAUGAAGAGAGACUGGAUGCACACAGGACGCAGACCAUCUGGACUCUGUGGCGCAGCUCUGCUGGUGGCGGCCCGCAUGCACGAAUUCCGCCGCACGGUGAAGGAGGUCAUUGGCGUGGUGAAAGUAUGCGAGGCGACUCUCAGAAAGAGGCUGACAGAAUUUGAGGACACGCCCACCAGUCACUUGACUAUUGAUGAGUUCAUGCGAGUGGACCUAGAGGAGGAGUGUGAUCCCCCUUCUUUCAUCGCUGGUCAAAAGAAGUUAAAGAUCCAGCAGCUGGAACAGGAGCUGGCCAGGAAGCUCGAUGAAUAUCAAGGUGAGAUCAGCUCCUAUCAGGAUGAGAUUGAGACAGAACUGGAGAACAGCAGGCCUAAACUGAGAGGAAUUUAUGCCAUGUAUGCAAGAGAAGACACCAAUGAUGGCAGUCUGUCUCUGGUGUCGGACCUCGCGGGAAAUGAGGACAUAGAAGAUGAGGAGAUGGAGGCUGCAGCUCAGCACCUCAAUGAGGACUUCAUCAAGCAGGUGUUACCUGAACUGGAGCAGGGCCCUAAGAAGGGCACAGAGGCACAGACCCAGGGUAAAGGGGCAGCAGAGCUGCCUAGUGGCUCCACCCAUGUGCCACUGACUUCACUGCUUGGCCCUCUUCCCAGCGCUGCCAGCCUCGGCCUCACAGACUCGAUCCGCCAUUGCAUGACUGAGGAGGGGGAAGUCGAGGACAAGUCAGAUAACGGCGAGCUUGACCUGGAAGGCAUAGAAGAGGAUGAGAUCGAAAAGUACAUUCUCAAUGAGAAGGAGGUGCAGGCUAAGACGGAGCUGUGGAUGAAGCAAAAUGAGGAGUAUCUAAGGGAGCAGAAAGAAAAAGAAGAGAGGAUAGCUAAGGAGAAAGAGCAAGGGAUCUAUAAGGAGAAGCCCAAAAAAACAUCCAAAAGGCGGGAGCCCAUUCGGGCCAGCACCGCAGGAGAGGCAAUAGAGAAGAUGUUGGAACAGAAGAAGAUUUCGAGCAAAAUCAAUUACGACGUACUGCGAGAUCUGAACAGCAAAGGUAGCAGCAGCCCAGCACAUAAGACCGAGGAAGUGUCUGGUAUCGUCCCUGGACGUAAGAAGCUCACCCGCCGCAAGAAACAACCCAAUAAGAGCAAUCUGGGUCUGGCCAAGCCUGCUAGCCUCAUGGGGAAAAGGCUCCGCCCCCUUAUAUCGUCAAAUCCCAAGAAGAAAAGAGCAGCGACACAGAUUGUACCCAAUGCUGCGAUGCUGCCUCCAGUGACCCCUGAGACUCCCCCUGCCCCUACUUCUCCUCUAGUCAUAGAGAGUGGCCCGGUGACGUAUGAGGAGCCCACUGAGGAAGAGGAGGACGAAGAGGUGGAAGAGCCCUGUGUCAGUGCUAUGAAGCUUAUGGGAGGGAACGAAUAUGGCUGUGAAGCCGAAGAGGAGGAAGUUUUUUAGCGCGCAGUGUUUGUCAUCCCACAAGCAAGCCAUGAUUUCAUCAGCCUCUGAACGAUGUCUUCUUCCCGUGUAGAGACAGCAGGGAGAGAAAAGCAGGACUUGGGCAUGUGUGCUAUUGUCAUUACCAUGAAGGAACAUUCAUGCGUCAUUGAACUUGUUCAACUCUUGCACCAUCUGAGACAGUAGGUCUGAGGGUGUGUGUGUGUGUGCGUGUGUGUGACGUGGGAAGCACAUGACUGAAGAUUUUGUGUACUUGGACUAUUAGACACAUGCUAAUCCAGCAGAUGUGCUUGACUGAAAUUACUUAUGGGGAAACUGAUUAACAAACCAUACACAUGCUAAGAGGAAACCCAAUGAACUGGUGAGCAUCUAGUUAUGUCAGUGAUGCAGCUUUAAAAUCCGCCAGUGUAGCAUUUAGGAAUUAAACCCACUCAGGUGAUGUUUGUAUGACCAGUUACGGAUUUUAUUACCAUCCUCAUUUUAUUCACAUUUCUGAAUAAUAUAAUAGUUGUUUCUGAUGUGUCUAGUUUGACAGCAGUCAUUUUUAAAAAUGCUCGAAAGUGGAUGGAUUUAUUUUUGUGUUGUUUUAGCUGGCCCUCAUGUUAGCAUGUGAGUGCACAUACAGCAUGUAUAAAUAUGUAUAAAUGUACAUAGUGUCUAUUGAUGUAACGUCACUUGCUUCAUUUCAACGAAAAUGUAAUGUUUCCUUUUUAAUUCUUCAUGACAUACAUUGAUGUAACGUAUUAUACAUCACUGCGUUUGUUUCUGUGAUAUUCUGCUGUUUUGUUUUUUACUGUUAGCUUUGAAACCCUUUAGAUCACUAUUAAAUUUCAUAAGAAAAACCUCACAGGGCUCAGUGAUGAACAGCUGGUAGCCCGAACACAUUCCUAGGUGUAAUUAAAUUUACAAUUUCCAUGUGGAAAAAAAAAAAAAACACUGUGUAUUCACCCACUUGUUAAGAUUUUAUUAUUCAUGUAUAAAAGAAAAAACAAACCUAUAAUGGGAUAUUUGUUACAGUAACAAGUUCAGUUCCUCAUUAUUAUGUUUGAUAUUUGAUGAUGUGGCGGCUAUUUUCUUUUCUCUUCCAAAUCCUUUUGUUUGUCUUAAGCAUUUCAGACAUGUCAUAUAAAGAUUCUUUUUGUUCUA